UUUGUGAUUUAUUCCAGUAGCCUGACUGGAACAUUUUAUAGUGCAGAAAAGUGCAUUGAUUUAUUGUUAAAUAAAUAAAGUAAACAACCAUUCAGUGUAACAUGGAAGCAGCAACAAAAGAAUUAGAGCGUGCUAUCACUGUGGCCCCGGUAGAAUGGUGUAACUUACAAGACAAAGGCUUUGAUGGUAAAGCAUUGGCUAAGUGGUGUAAUGAUCUAAAAUGGUAUACCAGAAGUAACAAAUAUAAGAAAGGAGAGCAGCCUCCCUUUCACUGGCCAGAACAGGGAACAUGGAAUAAAGAAAAAACUAAGAGUAUGAAAAUUUGGAUGACUAAUUACAUAGCUAAUCAGGAGUUGAAAGCAAAGAAGGAUGGAAAGAAAGAAAAGAGGAAAGCUUUGUUAGAUGGAAUGGAAUUAUGGGAAAAAGCUAGAGGUUGCUGGAGUAAGGAAGCUGAAAGAGUGAUGGCUGAUAGAGAAGAGGUCAGAGCUCAAGAGCUGGCAAAGCACAACGAAAGAAUAGAAAAGACAAGAUUGCUAGAACAGCCAUUAGAAACUGCAAACCAAUUACCUGUGGUAACUACAACAGUUAAGCCACCGCCCUAUGCACCGCCCACUGCCCCGGCCUCCCUCAAUCCAUGCCCUCCCACUAACACACACACAAACACCCCUCCCGUCACCACUCUCUCUGAAAGUCACCCUCCCUUCACCGCUCUCACUCCAGCCCCAACCACCCCUGUUGCUUAACCAAAUGCUAGCACACUGUAUCCAGUUUUUAAAGGAACUGUGCAGCUUAAAGGGGAAUUAGAAGCUGAGGGAAAUUUGGAACUGUAUGAUGAGAUGAAUAGAGGAAAGGAAGAAUCAAUCAGUGAACAAAGUCAGGCAGCAGGAGGAGCUAGUCAGUAUACCAGGAAUCAGCUAGAGCAUCUGGUUUGACUAAUUGAACAGAGAGCAACGGAAAUAACAGAAUUAACUAAAGAUGUGAAGUAUUUGGGUUUAGCAGGGCUAUCGCAGGACAGAGAGCUGGGUAAAAGAUUACAAGAGGAAGAAAGGAUGAUUUUGGAGCAAGAAAGGGAGGAUAGAGAGAGAGAAAAAGAAAGGGUGCUUAAACAACAAAAGGUUAGGGCAGUGCAUGCUAUGGAACAGAGAAAGCGAGAAACUGACGAAUGGCUAAAUAUGAAAAUGACACAAGAGUACCCAGCCUCUAAAGGUGGUAUAGAUAUGACAAAAAUGUCAGGACCUGAUGGAUUAAGAACUUACAGAGCUAAGAUGUUGGUAGAGGAGAGAAACAGAGAUUUGGAGUAUAGGGACACAUUAGCUUUAGACUUUGACCAAAUAGAGGACAGAUCCCCAUUAUUGAAAAGUACCCCUAGAGGUGGAAUGAAUGAGCCAGGUGUGAGUGUAUUUCCAUUGCGUAUUGAAGGAAAAACAGCUGUGUAUGUCCCAUGGGCUCAUAGGGAUUUAGAGACUAUAAUAAAUGUGUUGCCAAGUUUAAGAGACGGUGCUGGUCCCUGGAUUGCUGCGUUAAAGAAAGAGACGCAAGGUACAAGAUUGGCGGUGGGUGACAUAAAAGCAUUACUGGCAAAAAUUACUAGUUUAAGAGAAAUGGAGGAUGUGUUGUGGUUAGCAGGUAUGGGACAGAGUGUGGUUUCAUCUGAUUUUGACGGCCAGGCUAUUGACUGUUACAGAGGCAGACUUUGGGGUGCCUUGAGAACUGAGUUUCCUGUCAAGUUUGACAGCACCAAACUGACCCCCACUGCACUGGGUCAGGAGGACUGUGCACUGUGGAUUGCUAAAAACAUGCAAAUUUGGAGAGGGCAGGGGCUGAGAAAAGAUCCCACUGACCCAAGAGACUUUGAAACCAGACUUUUCAGAAAGGAACUGCUGGACGCACUGCCAGUGUCUGUGCAAAACAAGCUGAGUGACACCCCAGGGCUAGAUGCAAUGCCACACAGCCAGUGGGUGGAGACCCUGAAACACCAUGCUUCCAAACACCAGAAACACGAAAGAAACUUAGAGCAACAAGCUAAAGAGACUGAAUGAAAGCUGGCUCAAGUUAGUCUGGAGGAAAAGAAAAGACACAACGAUAUCAGUAAGGACCCCAGGGGAACCUAUGUAGUGGGAUGGGCAGGGUCAUAUGAGUGAGCGAGCCACAUUCAGGGUGAAAUGGUCGCAACACACCCUCCUAACAAGUAUGAACAGGUAGCUGAUCUGCAAAAACAAGCUGCGGAUCAAACCCAAAAUCUGAACCCAUGGCAGCACCCCCAGGGCGCAGCCCCGUUUCAACCAGUAGUUGUGAAUGUAAUGGCACCUAGUGGAGAGAGUAGAGAAAUUAGUUUUUGAAGACGGCAAAGGGGCAGAAGAAGGGGAUAUUUUCAGAACAGGACAUCCGCUGAUAUGGGUCCAUAUUUCGGGCAAAACAAUGUUUGCUGGGGAUGUGGGGAGAAUACUCAUGCUAGGCGUGACUGUCCAACAAACCCAUGGAAGCAAUAGGGGUGUUCGGAGGGUCCCAUUAACCAACAGGUAGCAUUAUCCAAAAUGAUUGGGAAGAACCUAAAUUAACAUGCAUAAUUAAUUGAGUGAAGAUUGAAUGUUUAAUUGACACAAUAGGAUUCUCUGGAAAACCUAUGGAAAUGUGUCUGUCAGAACCAAUUAUGCUUCAAAUAGAAGGAAAAACUGUUUGUAAAUCAAUUUCUGAUGGCACCUCAGGUUCCAUUAAUUGGAAGGGACAUUUUGUGUAAAUUAGAUGCUACAAUCAAAACCACACCACAGGGAUUAACAUUGCAGUGUCUAACCAAAAUAACUAAACAGGAACUAACCCCUUUAAUUAGACCAGAAGUAUGUUGGAUAGGUAGCUAGGCAGGUAUCUAAUUCCAUUAGAAAUGACUGAGACAGGUAUACAUUAGAAGCAAAUCAUUUUACAGGAUAGCAACACAAGGGAGUAUGCUUGCAAUAUGUAGAUGGUAUUUUGAUAGCACACAACAACAGAGAGGGUUUUAAGAAAUUAACAGAACAAAUUUUGAGCAGAUAUACAGAUAAAAGUAUCAAAAUAAAAGUUGAUAUUGACUAAAGCCAGUGUAAAAUACCUAAAAAGAGUAGUCUCUGAAGAGCAAAAACAAAUUUGUGAAAAACACCACAGAACCAUGCUUGACUAUCCAUAGCAAAACACAGUGAAGCGGAUGAUGGCAUUUUUUGGGGUCACGGGGUUUUGUAGUUCAUACCUGAGUUAAUACCAGAAUAGGCCAGUAGGGUAAAGUAAUUUAGGGAAUUUAAAUGUGAGGACAUGGAAAAAAAUCAGACAGAUGUUGCUAUAUUGUAGUGAAGGAAUACCACACAUUUGUAUAACAGAAGGCAUUAAAGAGAUGAAACUGGGAGCAGACUUGGUUUAAGAAGAGAUCACACAACUAUUUAAGGCAAUACAAAAAAACAGCUAAAGUAAAUGUAAUUAAGUGUGCAGCACACACAAAAGGAGAGUUAUUUAUUGACAAAGGUAAUGAAAAAGCAGAUGAGGAAGCAAAAUUAGGUGUGGCAAAACCAGAGUUAGCUGAUAAUUAUGGCUAUGGGAGUGACAGGGUAAGGUAAAAAGAGUGACAGUGAACAGGUGAGCAUUUCAGCAGACGUAACUGUAGAUGAAAUCAGAGACAUGCAAAAUAAAGUGUAACAAAUUUAAAAGAUGAAGUGGCAAAGCAGAGGUGUUGUCAAUGUAAAAGGUUUGUGGAGAUCAGAGCAACAACAAUUAGUAAUACCAUCUAGAAUGGAGAAAAUGGUAAUGAUGAAUGCGCAUGGUAGUGAACAUUGCGCGAGGGGGGAGAUGGUAGAUAAGAUUUUGAGACAACAGGGUUUCUGGUUUAUCAAUAUGCAAAACUAAAUUAGCGAAUUUUUGUCAGAAUGUGACAUUUAAAGAAAUGUGAAACCAGCAGUACACCCAAUGCGUCUGUUUCCAAGUGUGGAAGGACCAUUUGUGCAUCUAGUGAUGGAUUUUGUAGAUAUGAUCCACCUAAUUAAGGAGAAAAUGUUUUACAUUUUUGAGAUGGACAGAAGCUUAUCCAGCGUGAACGCAGAGUGCGCAAGCAGUGGCUGGAGCACUUAAGAGGGAAGUGGUCGUAAGAUUUGGGCUUCCCAAGGUAUUACAGUCAGAUAAUGGACCAGGAUUUCAGGCCAACCUGUUGAGAAAAGCACUUGCUAGGGUAGGAAUAACCCAAAAAUUUGGAUCAGUGUAUCAUCCACAGUCUCAAGGGGUGGUUGAGAGGUGUAACGAUUUACUUAAAUCAAAAAUAGGCAAAAUCUGUGCACAGACUAAACUAAAUUGGGUUCAGGCCUUACCAAUAGCGCUCAUGGCCAUAAGAUCUAGUACUAACAGGGAAACGCGUUUAUCCCCUCAUGAAAUGGUAACUGGGAGACCAAUGUUUAAAGCUAACCAAAAUGAAAUGAAUUUGGAGCAUGAGGAGGAUCUAAAAAAUAAUUGAAUAUAUUAAUGAAUAUUAAUGAAUAUAUUGCUGAACUAAUGAGAAACCAUAAAGCUAUUUUACAGAUUAAAAGGCACCUGGUGACGAGACUGCAACACCUUUUCCUGUAGAAACCGGGGUGUACAUUAAAGUUUACAAGCGUAAGUGGGAUGAACCCAGACGAGAAGGCCCAUAUGAGGUCACAGAAGCUAGCCCAACAGCUGUUAAGUGAUGUGAUGAACCAUAGAAACUGGAUUUGGAGAUCACAAUGAAUGGGUAAUGUAUGUUUAUAGCAUUUAAGGAUAUGGAGGAUGAAGAUUGCAUGAAUGUUGUUUAUUUGUUUCUAAUAAUGAAAAUGUUGUUCCCACCAAGUACAGGCUUAUAAGAGUAAUUAUACAUGUUUUAAAAGAACCAUGGGACACGACAAUGUUAAACAUUUUACAGAUGGGUGGUGCCAAAGAGAAAUUGAUGUUACAAAUGAUAAAGAGGAAUACAAGGCAAACUGGUUUAUAGUUCAGACCACAGAAAGGGCAGACGUAUGGUGGAUGUGUGUUGACAUGAAAUUAAGGCCAAAUUUGAGAGUAAAUUGGAAGGGAACCUGUACCCUUGUACAAUUAUAAAUGCCAUUUCAAAUGUUUUCAUUACCUGAUUUUGGGAGCGUAUAUGAUAAAAUAAGUGUUAAGAGUAUUAACAGACAGAAAAGAAAUCUGCCUGGUGGAUCUUAUAGUAAUAGAGUGUAUAUAGAUGCCAUAGGGGUUCCAAGGGGGGUGCCAGAUGAAUAAAAAGCGAGAAAUCAAAUUGUUAAUUUUCUGGUGGUCAACCCUCAAUAAAAAUGUGGAUUGGAUAAAUUAAUUGUAUCACGUUAAGGGGAUAACUGCAUAAUUGGGAGUAACGUAACUGAUGGCACAACAAAACAGGCUGGCAUUAGAUAUGUGGUUGGCUGAAAAGGGGGGUGUUUUAAAAAAUUAUAGAUGAUGGAUGCUGAAAAUUUAUUUUUGAUAAUACUGCCCCUGAUGGGAGCAUUACCAGGGCAUUAGAAGGUUUGACCGUCAAAUGAAUUGGCUGAGAACUCUGGGAUAGAUGAUCCAUUUACAAAAAUGAUUGAAAAUGGUUUGGGAAGUGCAGUACACUGAUAACUUCUUUACUGAUGUCAGCUGCUGUAGCUGUUGCUAUCAUUGCAUUGUGUGGUUGUUGUUGCAUACCAUGUAUCAGGGGUUUGAUUGAGAAAACUAUUGAUAAAGGAAUGGGUAAGAUAAUGUACCAACGGGUACAAAUUAGAGAGGACGACGAGGGAGAUAAAUUUGAGGACAAUAUCCAUGUGUGAUGGGGAACCAACGAGGCUCUAGUACCCUCCUCCCUCACACGGCCCUCUACGCGUGCAAAGCGCAUGGGUUGAAGACCGUCGAAAGCUGGAAGAUGCACCCUACACAUAUACAUAUAGAAUUCAUGUUUCUUAGAAAGACUCUGUGUGGACUGCCCACCAGAGCAAAACACUCUCAUGUGAGAAUCAUUAUGUUACUGGUCAUGUUAAACUGGACAUAGGGUGUCACUUAUACUAAUGCAUUUAUUAUUUUUUAUUAACAUUUAUAAUUUUUUGCAUGUGUUAACAUUUAUUAACAAGGUAUUAUUGUUUGCAUUUAUUAUUUUUAUUACAAGUUAUAAUCUUUUAUUAGUAAUGCAAGUUGCAAACCUGAAGUUUGUGUAAAAUAGGGAAAGGGAUGGUUUUAAGCAUCACUGUCCACGGUGUGAUGACAGUGUAACAAGCCUGGUAAGUGACUGAUGGUCCAGGAAUCUCCUGGGGGUGGAGGUAAAACAUCCACCUAGCACGGCUUACCAGAAAGUGAAAAGAUUUUUUUGGAAAGAUGAUAUGCUUGCUUUUGAUCUAAAAUUAAAUGUUAUGUUAUUUUUUACAUGUUAUUAAUCAUUACUCUUUUUUACAGGUUUUUAAAUAUCAUUUAAAGGGUAACCCGU